AUGACAAGACGCGAAAGCUCCAAUAUCUCUCCGUCAUCAACCUCAGCCGCGCUAGACACCCUUACCGCGCCUCAACUACAUGCCUUGUUCGACAUUCUCACACACUAUGGGACAUAUUCCGAAGUGGAAUGUUUCAAGAAUCCGAAUGCUAUUUCCACCUAUGGCUAUCCUUUUGCGUCGUCGAUAGAGGGUGUCUCCGAGCCCGUCAUCAAGAAAGAGUCAUCAGUUCCGCUUCUGGCAACCGUGCUGCGCGCCAUCGUCCUCCCGGUGCCAGGAGUCCGCGACCUUCCAACUGGUUUCUGGCCGCUAAAAUUCCAAGGAAUUCUUACCAAGUUUGGUCAAGCAAACCUGUCCGAGAGCUACGACAAAGGGUCUUUGGGUAGUAGGAAAACCCUAGCCACUGCUGCCUCGGUCAUUCAUGAGUCUGUCUCCAGGGGUCUUAUCGGUGGUCUUCCUAAGGGCUUACCAAGGGACCUAAACGGCCACUAUGACAGGUCCAAAGCACAAGACCUUGUGGGCGCCUGGGAGGACGUACUGCAUGAACUUGUCCACGGAAAUCUCGUUGAAGCGUUGUUUGAUCGCAUAGCUGAGGAACCCGAUGUUGAAGGCCACUCGCUUGCCGUGCAGACUGCUGUGGACUACAUCAUCAUUCACCUUGCCACGUUCAUGCACCAUGUAUUCGUCCUCUCUCCCGAAGGGUCUUAUCUGUUACAGAUGGCGGCGAGCGUACACAAGAUGGUACCUUAUUCGGCCAUCAAACAGACUUUUCGCAUUGGAAAUGCAGCCAGCAUGAUCAGUGGAAUUACGAAGCUCCUCCUGGCCAAAAUGAGUAUCGGAGGCCUCACUAACUGGCUCGGGCUGACACAAAAUGCGGAUGAUGGCAUGAAUCUCUUACAGAGAUGGCAGUCCGAUGCUGACAGGCGUAGAAUCAUCUCGCUCAUAUUAUCUUGGGACAUAGGAGAGUUCCGCAAGACCGCCGAACGGAUAGAAAAGGCCAAGGGGGGUCCAUCUAAGGAUCAUACAGCAGUCAUCAAGGAGUACGUCGCCAAGUCCAGGGAAGAGCACUUGAGGAUCAGGAAUACCAGCAUAAAACGCUCAGAGUCCAUCAUUGCCACCAUUUUCAACGAAUCCCGUCGUGGGCUUAUGAAGUCCUUAUCCAAGGAUCAGCACGAGCAAUGUCUGGAAUACCUAUCAACCUUGCUUGCGAUUCGAGACCGGGAUGAAAUCAUCAAGAUUCUCUGCAAGCAAAACCCAGAUCUCUUCACCCAGGCCGUACGGGACUUUAUCGGUAGUUUCGAGCCCAUGCUACGAGCUGUUCACCAGAAUAUUGACCUUCGCGAACACGUCUCUGCAGCCGAAAGCUUCCUAACCGACCUUAUCGAGACAAGCAAGGCGAAGGAUUCUUCAGUGACCAUCUCCAGCACAUUAACAGCAGAGACAACGAUGGAGACCCGCGCUCCUUCCAUAGAGGACUACGUCGGCUUGAUUAGGAGGCACAGACAAUCGGCCUACAACUUUGUCCACCAGGUGGCCAAGAACUGCCCCGAAAUCAAGGAGGAGUUCCCCGAGUAUUGCAAGAAGACGCUGGUGCAGUUCCGCCAGCAGCCCGAGAAGAAGCAACCACUAUCAUCGGCCACUCCCUCAAACGACAGUAGCAGCCAACAAACAAUCGACACCAAACUCCGCAAAGGAGCAGCCGGAAGUCUAAGCACCGACAUCCAGUCCCUCUUCACCGCCCUCCCUCCCCAAAUAAAACCCGACGUCCUCGCAGCAGCAGACGCCCACGCCGCCUACCUCUCCUCCCUUGAAGACCUCUCCCUCAAGCGAAUGCAACACAUCCUCGACGACAUGAACCUCACCACCACCCCCACCAUUUCCUCAUUACCAGAAGCUACAACAACAACAACAACAACAACAACAACAACAACAACAACAACAACAACCUCUUCUCUAAAAGACAAAUUCUCCCUAUCCACCACCUCCCCCUGGCGAAACAGCAACAACGGCCCCAACAACAUGAACAGCAACAAAAGAGCAAGCAUGUGCGGCCCCGGCAUGUUCCUCUCGCGCUGGCAGAGCCUGAUGGACGAAACGCUCAUCACUCCCCAAGUACCCACGGGCGGCCAGGUGCGGCGCGGAAGGGACGUGAAGGGGGUGAUUGCGCAGGCGAAAACGACGGUGGGCAGCGAGGGUGUGGCUAAUACGGAUGGGACUGGGACUGGGGCGUGGGACUCGGCGGCGCUGACGAGGUUGGUGGAAAGGGAGGUGCCGGAGCCGCCUGAUGUUCAGGUGGUGGUGAAGAUGAUGGGGAGCGGGUUUGGAGAGGUGGUGGAGGGGAGGAUGUUGGAGAGGAUAGAGGUGGAUAUUCCGGGGGAGAUAAAGGAAUGAUUGGGGUGGAGGUGUGGGUGGUGUAACAUAGUAUCAUGAAUCUCAUUCGGGAGCACAUUGGUUGACCCGUUCGCGAUGGCAGCUUAUGUCGCCCAUGCACAAAUCAAACCGCCGAGUGAUAGAUAGGUCGUCGAAAGAGGGAAAAGAUUUCUUGUUCGUUAAUCUAGUCCAUAUCUC